AUGCAACCCCAUCCACAAAUGGUUAUGCCCUUUCCAAUUUAGCCUCCUAAUCCAGCUUAACCAAAAACUGAUUAAAACCUACCUGUCUAGGUAAAGGGUACCAAAGUGAAGUUGAACCUCAAAAUGAUUAAGGACAUACCUCAAGAGGAAGACAGUCUACUGGAUUAUGAUGAAAUAAAAAAGCAGAGCGGAGAUCGUCAAUUUAUCAAUUUAAAGAGAAAACGUAGACUUCUAGAUUAGUAAGAUGCACCUUUAAUGUAAACACGCAGACGUAGCGAAUAAUCAUAAUAUUUAGAAAUAAGAGACAUAUUGAAUGUCGACGAUAAAGACAUGACACUUAUAAUGGAAGCCUAUCCUGACACAAAAUCCUUGCUGUAAGAAUUAAAGAAUGGCAAUUUAAAGUAAGAGAUAGAGGAUCUAUUACUCAAAUGA